AUGUCCCGAUUCGUCUCAGCUGGGACCGAUGCCGACGCACCUGACGAUGCCUGGGUGAAGGCGCAGCAACAAGUCGAGUCGACGAGGAAGCCCAAGACGGUGGAAGGAGGAACGCAGGACGGGGGCAAGAGUCUCUAUGAAGUACUGCAAGCAAACAAGGCUGCUAAACAGGAAGCCUUUGAGGAGUCCAUCCGGCUCAAAAACCAAUUCCGUGCCCUUGACGACGAUGAAGUGGAGUUUCUCGACUCUGUGCUCGAAUCAAGCCGGGCAAAGGAGAAGGCCGUCAAGCAAGAGACUGCCGAACAACUCGAGCUCUUCCGCAAACAACGUGCCGCCGCCGAACAAGCGCUAACGGAGGGUAACGAGACCGGGAAACCUGGCGAGCCUACGGACAAAGACUCAUGGACCAUCAAGAAGAAGAAAAGACGUCGAGAAAAGGAGAGCGAGUCUGAGGGUGAUUCCAAGCUGAGAAAGUUGUCAGCAACAGCUGCUGCUGAUGAUGAUGAACAUAAUGCACCUGCCACACCUGCGGCACGAACAUCACCAGCUAAGAGCCCGGGCAUCGAUGACCGGGUUGAGCCGCCUCCCAAUACAACUACACGCGCUCAACCAGCUGUUGGACUCGGUCUGGUGGCUUAUAGUUCUGAUGAUGAUGAAGAUGAGUAA